AUGAAGCCUGGAGUGUCUAGACUUUCCACCGUGAAGUCUCCAGGAGGAAACUCUAAAUCAAGGUUCAAAUCGUUCAAGCGAUCUCUUUUAUCGUUUGUCCGAUCACCAGCACCCAAGGAAAAGACCGAACGAAGGUCCUUUCCAACUCCGAGUACCACUCGAACGAAUUGGGAAUGUUCCUCUCCAUCCGAAACUCCCAACUCCAUUAGCACUCGAAAGGCCCACACGGUUCGUCCCUCUUCGCAUCUUCCACCACCGCCCCUGUUUGAUCCUUCCGUGAGCAGCACGACUAUAGAUGCUUCUUCCGAACCUACUCUUACCUCACAGCAACAGCAGCAGCAACAACAGCAACAACCAAAGCGCAAACAACGAGUCUUCAAGGAUGGCAAAUUGUUGUAUGAAUGGGAACAAAACUCGACCCAUGUCACAAUGCGAUUGCCGGCCGGUUGGACUCUGGGCGCUCAAAACGAUAAUGUCAAGGUGUUGAUUGCACCGUCCUUUUUGCAAGUGGGCAGGAUUCACAAACAUCAUAAUAAUAGCCAAAAGGCUCGAAUUGAAUGGAAGUUGCAUCAUACCACGGGUGGGACGAUUCAUGUGGAAGGAUCCACUUGGACUACCCCCGAAGAACAUCAAAUUCCUGAUCAAGGCACCAUUAUUACGCUUUGCAAGGCCAAGGCAGGAGUGAAUUGGGGAUAUGCCUUGCUCCACCAUGCAAGAGAGGAGGUGCAAACCAAACUCUGCCGACCUCCACGUACCAAGCAGCGCCGUCCCAAGACGCAGCAGCAGCAGCAAGAAUCGAAGCCAGCAACGGUAGAACAAGUUCGUCCUUCUGUUACCGAGAAUGAUGAUGAAGAACCCAUUAAGAGCCCAGGUCUCAAGAAGAAAAAGAAGAAACGAGUCGCCAAGAAGAAAAAGGCAACAAAGAUCUCGUCUGCUGAUCUCGAGAAACCAGAAGAACCCCAAGAAGAGAGUUCCUACUUUCAAGAAAAGCAAAAGUCUACGAGACGUUCUGGUGGUGAAUACUCCUUCAAAACAAAGCCACAAGCAAAAGAACGAAAAUCAUCUACCAGCACUCACUCCACCAAGCCAUUGUUCGGGGAUGAUGCCAGCGGUCUUUCCUACCCAGUAUCUCCAACGACAAAGCGCUCUGGUGGCGCAUACUCCAUGAAGCCUUCUUCCUAUAAUCGUCUCAAUAUCUAUGGUGACGAGAAAGCAGAACAGCCUGCGAGCGCCAAGUCCAUGAUGACGGACUAUUCGGAAUCGAGCAUAUCCCUGGACUAUCCAGUAUCUCCAACAACAAGACGCUCCAACAACAAGGAGUCCAUCCACUCUCAAAAUGCCUUGGACGAAUCCAGACCUUCCAGUUGUUGCUAUUCUCUCACACGAGAAUCCUCUACCUUUAGCAUUCUCGAAUCCCCCAAACGAUUCUCCAAGCCAACUUCCAGGAUAUCCAUGGAAAUCAAGUCACCCACCAACAAGUCAGGCUCAUCGUCUCGAUCGAUUGACAAGUCGUCCUCGUCGACCAGGUCUCUUUCCAACGGCAACAAGCCAGCAUCUCGCAUCUCCCAGCAGCUCAAAAAACGAAUCUCCUCCCCCAAGAAGAAGAAGAUUCUGGUACCCAGCAAGGCCUCCAAAAUGGACCAGCGAGAAUCACUGUUGUCCAAAAGCAACAACAAGCGCAAGAGCAGCAACAGCGAAUCUCUUGACUUUGUCGGUCAUUCUUCCGAAGUCGACAAGGCCUUUCCACACAAGCCCUAUCCCAAUGGACAACGAACUUCUGUUUCUUCUUGUCAACAACAACAAGACCCAGAAAUGGAUCAGGCGCAACAUCAUUGCAAGCACAAUCCUAGACGCAAGUCGGCUCUAACCAAGUUUUUGGAAAAGCCAUCCACGCACAGCCACAAUACGGGCAAUGGUUCCAAUUUCAAAAGUGUCAUGACUGCAAACACCAACACGGCAGUGGUGGUUCAAAAUAUGUUGCAAGGGUGGACGACUAGUGGAAGGGAGGAGGCCAGCAAGGCAAAUGACAUCAAGAAGGAUAUUGCGCCAAAAGAUGAAUCCUUUUCCGAUGGUUUCUUUAAGAAUCACCAAGAUGCGGAAGAAUGGAACGAUGAUGAUUUCCUACAGGAAUUGGAAAUGUCGUAUUCGAGAACAGUCUCGAUGCUUUAG